CCACAAUUGAUAAACUUUCGAUCUCUAUUGACCUGACCGCGACAAGAACAGGUCUUCGAUACUAUACAGUCCUCGGAGCCCUCCAGAUACUUUAUUACAGAAUUGGACAGAACGAAAGCGCCUGUCGAUUAAUAUUGGCCUGUUACAUACAAUCACAAUAUAGAGAAAGCUAUGGCCAAGCGACAGGCGGAAGAGUCCCUGGAGAACGUGGACGCGGCGGUGGCGUCUCCGGCAUCCAAAAAGGCCCGAGUCGAAGAUGAGAUAGAUGAAUCCGAAAGAGCAGCACCUAUUUCAGCAGCCCCGCCUUCAGCAUCCAUAAAUGGCAGCACCGACGCAAAAGCAAACGGCAAUGUCUCUGCGCAAAGCCAUCGUCACAGCCACGGCCACGUUUUCAACCGCGAACAAGACGAGCGUCGCGGAGAGGAUAUUCUUGCAGCGGCAGAUGUUGAAGGGGAGGAGCUUGAGGAGGCAGUGGGCACAGAUGACGAGGAAGACGAGGGCGACGCUCUGCAUGGCAUCGACGAGGAUCAAUCUGCGCUUACGGCACCGACACGGCAAAUCGCGCCAACAGAAGGCUACAAUGACCUAUAUCUUGACACGAUCAAUCGCGCCGUGCUUGACUUUGAUUUUGAAAAGCUCUGCUCCAUCAGUCUGUCCAACAUCAAUGUUUACGCUUGUCUAGUCUGCGGCAAAUAUUUCCAGGGCCGUGGACCCAAAUCACACGCGUACUUCCACGCGCUGGACGUCGGGCACCAUGUGUACGUAAAUAUGGAGACGAAGAAGGUAUACGUUCUGCCGGAAGGCUACGAGGUGAAGAAUAAGUCCCUGGACGACAUCAAAUUUGUUGUCGACCCAAGGCUAUCGCGGGAGGAAGUGAUGAAGUUGGACAAGGAGCAAAAAUCGGCGUGGGAUUUGAGUGGUAGAAAAUAUACUCCUGGUUUCGUCGGUCUCAACAACAUUAAAGCCAACGACUAUUUCAACGUCAUUGUGCAUUCUCUAGCCCACGUCUCUCCGCUGCGCAAUUAUUUCAUGCUCGAAGAUUUCACAAGCCGCCCACAGCUAGUCCAGCGCUUUUCCACCCUGAUCCGAAAAAUAUGGAACCCUCGCGCUUUCAAAUCGCACGUUUCCCCUCACGAGCUGUUGCAGGAAAUCUCCCUCCGCUCCAACAAACGUUUCACACUCACCGAACAAGCCGAUCCCGUAGACUUUAUCAGCUGGUUCCUAAACAACCUCCACCUCGCGCUUGGCGGUAGCAAAACGAAACCAGGCACGAGUAUCGUACAAAAGGUCUUUCAAGGCAAACUCAAAGUGGAGAGCCAGCAGAUCACCGCCCGCGGCGAUGCCGGCGACCGUCUCCGUUUCGAAGAUGCCACUGUCCAUUCCGACAUCAGCCGCUUUCUGAUGCUCACGCUCGAUCUACCUGCCGCGCCACUCUUCCAAGACGAAGUCGAGAAGAAUAUUAUUCCUCAGGUCCCCCUGACCUCUCUUCUGACCAAAUACGACGGCAUCCGCUCCCAAGAGCACCUCAACAUGCGCAAGCGCUACCGCCUUCUGCACCCUCUCCCCCAACACCUGCUGUUCCACAUCAAGCGCUUCUCCAAAAACAAGUUCGUCUCAGAGCGUAACCCCACUAUCGUCACUUUCUCGCCCAGAUCGCUCGACAUGUCGCCCUACGUCGAGCCCAACCCGGCCCUCCACCCGCCUGCCGAACCCAUCUGGUACGAUCUCGUCGCAAACGUCACGCACGAAGCGAUCCGUCGCAGAGACGACAGCGUCGAAGUCGAAGCCGACGCCAAAGUGUGGCGCGUCCAGCUCAGAGACAAGAGCCGCGACGAAUGGGUCGAGGUCCAGGAUCUCUUUGUCGAUAGAGUUAGUGCCGAGACGCUCUUCACAAAGGAGAGUGUGCUACAGGUUUGGGAAAAGAGGAAGACUGCUCCCCCGUCGAAGCGGUGAAUGAUGGUGGCGUUGCAUUGCAGAUAUUUUUGCUUCUUUUGCAGGGUGGAGUAGGGGUAUUGUAGAAAAGACCUUUUUUUUUUUGCAAAGCUUAUUUUGAGCUGGAGUUUCGAAGGGGAGGU